ACGUAGUUUCCCUUCGCUCAACAGCGAGUGUGACGUGUAUUGCGUUCGAGCGCAGAGUUUUUUGACGUUUGUGUAGUUUUUGAAGUGAAUAAUGUGAUUGUGUAGUUCGUUAUGGCAUAUAAAUACCGUGAAGAUUUAGUUGGCAAACGAUUUCUCUCUGUGAGUGGUGUAACUAAAAUUAACGUGAAUAAAGUUUCCGAAUGGGGAUGGAAAGCUGGUGUUAUCAGGGCAGCCUCGCUCAAAGAUAACAAGAAUAAGGAGCUUCAGGUUUUAGUAGAAUACGAUGGUGUUGACUGGCAGCGUCGUGAAUGGGUGGCAGUAUAUUCGCGUCGGACGUUUCGUGUGUUUUUGGUGGAAAGAACUUUAGUGUGGGCUCCUAGAACGCAUGAGGGGAAAGAAGUAAAAUGGCCUGCAUUGACGUUUUCCCCGCUGGCAGCCGACCUGACGCUGCCGGCGGACGCCCAGCCUGUGGAAUUCCUUCACGACAAGCAGCUGCAGUUCAUGGACUACGCCAACCUUCAGCCGUUUCAGGAAUGGGAUGGCCGCCUCGCUGGUGCUGACGCGGGAGCCGAUCCUGCGACGCUGACAGCGCUGUCCACCGAGGCUGGGGAAUGGCGGAGCGUCCAGGACGGGCAGCGGAUCCUGACCACCACACCUUCUGUGCUGGGGGGGUGCCGCGCCCAGGUGUACCGGGCAGCUGGCGCCACACAAUGGUACACGGCUGUCAUCGUCGGCGUCAAUGAACAUACUGGUGAACUGACAGUGACGGAUGACACUGUACUGGAGGAACAUAGCGAGGAUCCCUCCCUGGUGCAGAUGAGGCUCCUCGGAGAUGGAGUUAUUGAAUCUAUAAUGAGGGGAGAAGUGGUGGGCGUGAUGCCGCGACGAUCUCGCUCGAACCUUCAAAGGGUCGAGCGAGAGAGCACCAAGAGUCCAGCGACCACCGGCAGGAAGAAGGCAGCAGUGAGAAGCAACGGGCAGAUCACGUCAGCAGAACCACCACCACAACCACAAGGCUCACCCCCCGGCCGUGAAUCCAGCGAGAUUAACAAAAAAGGUGCUGCUGUAGUUGUGAGUGCGAGUGGUGAUGUCGAAGUUAGUGACGAAAAUAAGUGUGUAAAAAAAGAGGAAGUGAAGCCAGAAGUGUGUGCCAGUGAAGGUGAAGUGCGCAGUGAAGUGAGUGCAGGCGCGGAUGGUGUUGCCAGCGCCGUGGCCUCCGAGGAGGACGACUGUGUGAUAGUGUGCGCGCGCGAUGCGGACGAGAGGUCCGAUUCUGGAGUGAGCGGUGUCCGCUCAGGCGGGUCGGCGAGUUCGGUGGAAGAGCGCGAUUGGCGCGGCAUGGCGCACGGGUAUGGCGGCGGUCCCCCUCCGCCCCUGCUGCACCUGCCCCCGCCGCCGCCCUCGUUGUACGCCAACGAGCUGCUGUGGAAGCAGCGGUACCAACCGCAGCUACAUGCGCCCUUGCAUCAUCCCAUCGCCGAUGACUAUCUGGCGGCGACCUACGAUAGAGAGAGACAUGAAAGACUGCUACGAGAACGAAGGGAACAGGAGCAACGAGAUAUGCUGGAGAAACAGCAAAAAGAAAGAAAGGAGAGAGAACGGAUAGAGCAAGAGAGAGAAAGGGAGAGGGAAAAGCAAGAGAGGGAAGACAAGGAAAGGAGAGAACAGGAGAAUGCGGCGUCCAAACUAGUGUCGAGGCAUUUCGAGGAGUCGUUUAGGCUUGCCAACCAAAAGAGGGAGAGGAGUUUAUCAUGGUCCCUGCUGAACAGCAUACCUCCUAGUCGAAGCGCGGGCCCGGAGCACGAGCGGUUACGCGCUCCGCCCCCGGACCGCGCGUACUACUCUCCCCCCGGACACCCCUCCGCGCACCCCUCGCAUCCCUCCCCCCGCGCGCCCGCGCCUUCAUCUGCGGACUACUGCCCUCCUCAUGCUCGGCUAUCUAUUUCUUCCAAAUCCGAUAAACCGACUUCACAUCCCUCUCUGCCAAAGGGCGAGCCCAACUUCGCACCAUACAGCGGCUAUUCUUAUAGAUCUUACGAUAAACUCAAAGACGGUCAACACCUCCCGGCUCCCCCGCCAUUGGUGCCCGAAAAAAAUUCUGUGAUAGUCAAACACGACGCCAAACAGAUCCACCUAGAGCAGAAGCAUCCUUAUCCUAGCAAACCCAGGAGCGAACCGUCCCCCCAUUACCUUCCGUCGCGGCCGUACCGGACGGGAUUGUCUCCCCACGCUCCCCCACACCCGCACCCCGCACUGCAGACGUCGCCGCACGCCGCCCUGCCCGCUCAAGACAAAAACAACAGGCGGCUCUACCAACCACCACCGCCGCAGCGUUCGCCCGCGUAUUACCAAGCCGCGCCGCAAGCCAAACCGAAAGUGUCCAGCCCGGCGCCUCAGCAGUUCUACGGGAAACCGAACAAUUCUCCUAGUCCCGCGCACUACGCGGUCGCCGUCGAACCCCAACUGCAGAUGCCAAAGACGGAACCGCCGCCGGUGCCAUACCCUCCGCCGUCCGCGUACUCGCCCGCGCCGAGGACGAGGCCGCCGCCAGUCGCGCACUGCCGGACGCCGGAGCCGCGACCGCCGCCGCGCGCUCACGGCGACACCGGUGCGCCCUCGCCGUGCCAGACGCAGCCGCUGGACCUCGGCGUGGCGCGCGACGACCCCGACCGCCUGUCGCCGCGCCGCCGGUACCCCUUCGAGCCCGCCGACGCGGACGCCAAGCGGCGGCGGCUCGAGGAGCUGCCCGCGCCCGAGCCGCUCAUAGCCGCCGCGGCCAGCGUCGGCCGGACGCCGCACGGCUCCGAGCCCGCGCCGCAAGCGCCGGGCCCGCCCUGCGAUGUGCGCGUGCCCUCGGCCGACGGCAGCGUGGAGACGCCGGAGCGCGCGGCCGGCGCGUCCCCCGCGCCGCACGUGACGCCCGCCGCCAGCCCCGCGCCCGCCACGCCUGCGCCCGCGCUGGCGCCGUCCCCGGCCGCCGUGCCCGCCGCGCCCACGCCACCCGCGCCGCCCGCCACGCCGCCUGUCACGCCCCUGGCCGACGGGGAAACUCCUGCCAAAACGACGCCGCCGAGAGAUGGCUCCGCGCCCGUUAGACAUUUAGGCAAAAAAGCGUGGCUACAAAGACACGAGACAGCGCCAAUCGGUGAAGGAGACUGUUCGGGGGGUGGCGGAACUUGCAUUACUCUUCCAAUGACGAUAACACGUGUAUCUGAACCAGACGAUUCGAGUUCGAACAUAGUAGUCCCCGUGGCGGCCAAGUCGAUCCAGCGCGGCGCCCGUAAGACGUCAAAACCGCGAAAACCCAAAGAGAAUGGACGAGUCGACGACGCGGAAGAAGAUAGCUCGAGUUCGGAUAGAGAAACUGCGACGCCACCCAAGCGGAAACCACCUAAAGCUAAGCGGAAAAAGGGGAUAGUCGCGCGAAAAGCCGGCGACGAGCCGAAGAAGAAAAAAGCGUCAGAGAGCGGUAGUGAAAGUGAUAAAGAAAGUGACGACAAAGACUCUGAUUCGGGAGGUAGCGGCAGCGGGAGCGGCAGCACGUCAAGUAAGCGCGGUGCAGGAGGACGCGCGCGAGGCCGCCGGUCGCGCGGGGGCGGCGGCGGGCGCGGGGGGCGGCGGAAAGAGGAUCCCCCCAGAAGAACGCCGGCCGCCACGCAGCCCCGCGUCACCAGCGAGUCGUUCCUGCAGAACGGGCCGUGCUUCGAGGUGGCGCCGCGGCUGGCCAAAUGCCGCGAGUGCCGCUGGUCUCCCGCGCAGCGCGACAAGGACAUGCCCAACAUUUUCUGCCGUUUCUACGCUUUCCGAAGACUGAAGUACGCCAAGAAUAGGCAAUUAGCUUUAGCCGGGUUUUCGGACCCUUAUAAGGAUGCUGAUGAGGAGGAUAAAAAAUUGUGGCUGUCUUCAUCCGCCGGCGCGGCGGAGUUAGAUAUAGAGAUGAGUUGCUUCCUACUGAGGGAGAUUGGGGACCAGUUCUGUGAACUGCUACAACAGGAGAAAGACGCCGAGUCACACCAUUUAAAUGACGAUAAGACGAUCGCGUGGAAACGCGUCGUACAAGGCGUGCGAGAGAUCUGCGACGUGUGCGAGACCACGCUCUUCAACUUCCACUGGACGUGUGGAAAGUGUGGCUUCGUCGUCUGUUUGGAUUGCUAUAAGUCGCGGACGUCCGGCGAGUCGGCCAAUUCUACGAACGAGACGAGUAACACCAACUCCACAUCCAAUGGCGAAAGGGACUCGUUUGGUUGGCUGACUUGCACGGCCGGCGGCGCCCACCCCGCCCGGCGGCUACUCCUCACGCAGAUAGCCGCGGGCGGCGCGCUCGCGGCCGCCGCGACGCGUGCGCACGCCGCGCGCGCCGUCUGGCAACUGCCGGCGUGCUCGUGCGGCGCCGCGCCCAAGGUGGACGACGCGAUGAAGGGCAAGGCGCGGGAUCUGCUUCAGAGGCUCUUGCAAAAGAAUAUCAAAAAAGAGGACGUCAAAGAAGAAAACGUCUCCACGAAUGGGUCAUCGCCCGUCAAAUCUGAGAACGGCAAGACUGCCAGUUCUGUCGUUAGCUGGCUGACGGACGUCCCGAUCAAAACCGAUACCAAGGAGGACAAGACCGACUCCAGUUCCUCAGAUUCCGAAGAAGGUGGAUCUUUCUCUACGCUAAGAGAAUUAUUAAUAAGACCAGCACCUGAGGGAGGUGAAACGCAACCUAAGAAAAAGCAAAAGAAGAGUAGAAAUGAUUUCCUAAGUGAUGUCAUCUCAAGUGUAGUUGAUGAGAAGAAAGACGAAGAUGGGGAUGUGAAACCGUUUGCGUUAUCAAAUGUUGUGAAGCGGUACGACAGGAGUGGAAGAGAUGAUCUUCCUGUGAGAAUUAUGACGUUAACGGAGUCGAAGUUGUUGUAUCCAGACGUGCCCCACGCCUGGCUGUGUGAUGGCAAGCUGUUGCAUCUCACUGACCCCGUCCACCCUGGAAACUAUAAGCCAUUCCAGGACCAGUGGAAACGCGGCCAACCAGUUCUAGUCUCAGAUGUUUCAAGUAUCUUAGAUAAGGACCUCUGGAGUCCCGAGAGCUUUUCGCGCGACUUCGGCGACACGCGAGUGGACCUGGUGAACUGCGCGUCCGGCCUCGUCGUGCCCAACCAGCCCGCCAGGAAGUUCUGGGACGGCUUCCAGCUCGCGGCGCAGCGGCUGCGCGACGAGCGCGGCGCGCCCAUGGUGCUCAAACUGAAAGACUGGCCCCCCGGGGAAGACUUCGCGGAACUCCUUCCCGCGAGGUUCGAGGAUCUCAUGCGCGCGCUCCCGCUCGGCGAGUACACCUCGCGCAACGGCAAGCUCAACCUCGCCGCGCGCCUGCCCGAGUGCUUCGUGCGCCCCGACCUCGGGCCCAAGAUGUACACCGCGUACGGCGGCGCGGGCGGCACCACCAACCUGCACCUCGACGUCAGCGACGCCGUCAACGUCAUGGUGCACGCCAGCGCGCCCAGCGACGCGCCCGAGCGCGCGCGCGAGGCCGCCCGCGCCGCGGAGGAGGCGGGCGUGGACGUGCUGUCGCGGCGGCGCGCGCGCGUCAAGCCGCCGGCCGCGCUGUGGCACAUCUACGCGGCGCGGGACGCGGACAAGAUCCGCGACUUCCUCGUGCGCGCCGAGCUGGAGCGCGGCGCCCGCCCGCGCGCGCAGCACGACCCCGUGCACGACCAGACGUGGUACCUGGACGCGGCGCUGCGCGAGCGCCUGUACCGCGAGUACGGCGUGGAGGGCUACGCCAUCGUGCAGUGCCCGGGCGACGCCGUGUUCGUGCCGGCCGGCGCGCCGCACCAGGUGCGCAAUCUGCUGGACUGCAUCAAGGUGGCGGAGGACUUCGUGUCGCCCGAGAACGUGUCGCGCUGCUUUGAGCUGGCGCAGCAGUUCCGGCGGCUGUCGCGGCAGCACUCCAACAAGGAGGACAAGCUGCAGAUCAAGAACAUCGUGUACCACGCGGUGAAGGACUCCCUGUGCUGCCUCGAGGAGGCGCUGGACGCUCCUCAGUAGGCAGAGCCUCUCCCGGCGUUUGAUCUCAACCUCGACGUAACCUUAUUCGCUAAGUUCCGCAUUUAACGUAAGAUUGAGAGCGAGUGUGAUACGCGCUGUGCGCCGUUUCGUGUAUAAGAUGCCAUUUUUAAGCGUCCGAGUGGAUUGUGUACCAGUUAUGUGUGUAAAUGUACUCAAAAUGUGAUUUGGUCCGAUGGUCGCGAUCGGAGUAUGUGCAAUGUAAAUUAGUCUGAUUAUGGUGAUAUCGUUGAGAUGUGGAUAUGUUUUAUGUUCCUUAAUUGAUACAAAAACUCUUCUGGUUAUUUAAAGCUUACUGUAGUUAUAGCGAUAUGUAUGUAUUGUGUAAAUUUUUAAUUCGAAUUCCAUCGAGUAUAUAAUAAGAAGUGUAUACCUUUAAGUUAUUGUAUUGAGUAAAUUGUAUUCGCUCGAAGCAUUGUACAUUAAACACGGCGUGUAGAUAAGUUUUUCCUAUAUUAGAUUUCUCAAUUUGGUUAGUAUGUUACAAAUGAUAGUUGAAAUAUGUGACAAUUUAAUUUUGUCCUUAUUGCUGUAUUAGAUGAAAGCAAGUUUUUUUUGUACUGUGUAUAUUAUGUAUGGUUAUAAGUUGGAAUAAAAAAAGAUGUUUAUAUUA